GGCCCUCCUGCCCGCCCUCUCUCCCUCCCUUCUUCCCUCGCAGCCGAGGAGGCAGCAAUUACGCUUUGGGGAUAAAACGAGGCGCGGAGAGCAGGCUGGGGCAUUUCUCCCUGAGAUGGCGGGUCCGACAGCUGCAGCCCUGUGGCCUGGAGUCCUCCUGCUCCUGCUGUCCAUCAUCCACCCCUCGCAGCCUGGAGGGGUCCCAGGAGCUAUUCCUGGAGGAGUUCCCGGAGGACUGCCCGGAGGAGGCUAUUUCCCAGGGGCUGGUCUCGGAGGCCUGGGAGGAGGAGGGCUGGGACCUGGAGGCAAACCACCCAAGCCAGGGGCUGGUGGACUCCUUGGGGGAUUUGGACCAGGUGCCGGAGGUCUCGGCGGCGCUGGCCCUGGGGCAGGGCUCGGCGCUUUUCCUGGGGGCGCCUUCCCGGGGGCUCUGGGGCCUGGCGGGGCGGCUGGCGCGGCUGCAGCCUAUAAAGCUGCUGCCAAGGCUGGUGCUGGGCUCGGCGGUGUUGGUGGACUCGGCGGGCUCGGCGGUGUCGGUGGCCUUGGUGGUGUUGGUGGACUUGGCGGUGUCGGUGGCUUAGGCGUGUCUACAGGUGCAGCGGUGCCCGGAGCGGGAGUCGGAGUCGGAGCCGGAGGGAAGCCCGGGAAAGUGCCCGGUGUGGGCCUGCCAGGUGUAUACCCAGGAGGCGUGCUCCCAGGCACAGGAGCUCGGUUCCCAGGUGUGGGGGUGCUCCCUGGGGUUCCCACCGGAACAGGAGUCAAGGCCAAGACCCCAGGUGGAGGGGGAGCUUUUGCUGGAAUCCCAGGAGUUGGACCCUUUGGGGGUCAGCAGCCUGGAGUCCCACUGGGGUACCCCAUCAAGGCACCCAAGCUGCCAGGUGGCUACGGACUGCCCUACAGUACAGGGAAACUGCCCUAUGGUUAUGGUCCUGGAGGAGCAGCAGGUGCCGGCGCCAAGACUGGGUACCCAACAGGGACAGGGGUUGGUCCCCAGGCUGCAGCAGCAGCAGCUAAAGCAGCAAAGUAUGGUGCCGGAGGAGCCGGAGCCGGAGUUCUCCCUGGUGUCGGUGUUGGAGGUGGCGGCAUUCCUGGUGGGGCUGGUGGCAUUCCUGGGAUUGGAGGCAUUGCAGGGGUCGGGACUCCCGCUGCUGCUGCUGCUGCUGCAAAGGCAGCUAAAUAUGGAGCUGCUGGAGGCUUGGUACCUGGUGGCCCAGGAGUUGGAAUCCCAGGUGUUGGUGGAAUCCCAGGUGUUGGUGGAAUCCCUGGUGUUGGGGGAAUCCCUGGUGUUGGUGGAAUCCCAGGUGUUGGCGGAAUCCCAGGUGUUGGAAUCCCAGGUGUUGGAGGAGUCCCAGGGGCUGUGUCACCAGCCGCAGCUGCUAAAGCAGCCGCCAAAGCAGCCAAAUAUGGGGGCAGAGCCGGAGUGGGAGUUGGUGGCGUUCCCACUUACGGGGUCGGUGCUGGGGGCUUUCCGGGCUACGGUGGUCUCGGAGCCGGAGUCGGUGGUCUUGGAGCUGGAGUCGGCGGUCUUGGAGCUGGAGUUGGAGGUGUCCCUGGAGCUGGCAUUUCCCCAGCUGCAGCCCAGGCAGCUGCCGCCAAGGCCGCUAAGUAUGGUGCUGGAGGAGCAGGAGGCCUGGGAGGGCUGGUGCCAGGUGCCAGAGGCAUUGUACCAGGUGUGCCGGGCGCUGGAGGGGUGCCAGGAGCUGGAACCCCAGCAGCUGCAGCCGCCAAAGCAGCCGCCAAAGCUGCUCAGUAUGGGUUAGGACCUGGCGCUGGCGGGGUUCCCGGCCUUGGCAUUGGCCCUGGCGCUGGCGGGGUUCCUGGUCUUGGCAUUGGGCCCGGCGGUGUGGCAGGAGCAGGGACCCCUGGUGCAGGCAAAUCUGCUGCUCAGUUGGCCGCCAAAGCCCAGCUCCGGGCUGCAGCUGGCCUUCCUGCUGGCGUCCCAGGAUUUGGAGCUGGUGCUGGCGUCCCAGGAUUUGGAGCUGGUGCUGGCGUCCCUGGAUUUGGAGCUGGUGCUGGUGUCCCUGGCUUUGGGGCUGGUGCUGGUGUUCCUGGCUUUGGGGCAGGUGCAGGUGCAGGACCUGGAUCUUUGGCUGCUGCUAAAGCAGCCAAAUAUGGCGCAGGCGGGCCUGGAGGCCUUGGAGGUCUUGGUGGAGCAGGUGUCCCAGGAGGUCUUGGUGGAGCAGGUGUCCCAGGUGGUGUGGGAGGAGUCGGACCUGCUGGCGCAGCUGCUGCUGCCAAGGCUGCUGCCAAAGCCGGCCAAUACGGCCUCGGGGGAGCCGGUGGACUCGGAGCUGGAGGGCUUGGAAUUGGAGGCCUGGGACUUGGAGGGCUUGGGGCUGGUGGAGUCCCAGGGGCCGGGGGCUUUGGAGGUGUGUCCCCAGCUGCAGCUGCUAAAGCAGCCAAAUAUGGUGCCGGUGGCCUUGGAGGUGUCCUAGGAGCUGCCAGGCCUUUCCCAGGUGGAGGAGUUGGAAGACCUGGCUUCGGAUUGUCUCCGAUUUUCCCAGGUGGCGGAGUCGGAGGAGCCGGAGUCGGAGCUGGGGGCCUGGGAGUAGGUGGCAAACCCCCCAAGCCCUACGGAGGUGCCCUGGGAGCUCUAGGAUACCCAGGUGGAGGCUGCCUGGGGAAAUCCUGUGGCCGGAAGAGAAAGUGAGCUUCCCAGGACCCCUGACUCACGACCUCAUCAUCAACGUUGGUGCUACUGCUUGGUGGAGAAUGUAAACCCUCUGUGACCCUCCCCUCCACGCCCCCUCCCAAGUCCCCACCUCUGGAGGGGACAGAGCUGGCCGGGCGGACCUGGAAAUCCACAGGACAAGGAAACAAGAGGACUGUGGCCGAGUGGGCCCUGGGCAGCCCCUGCUGCAGAGGCGAGGGGGGGGGGGGGGGGAGGGGGACCACCCACGCUCCGUCUCCAGGGGGACUUGGUGCUCAGUGUUGGUGCUUUCAUCUUCCCAGGGAGGGAGGAGGGAAGGGCAGCCCCUCUGGAAGUCCCCUCCCUGGGGCUCCUCCGAACAUGGUGCAGACACUUCCCGGGCAGUCCCACCUCCCCCUGCCCACCGGGACCCACCCCUGGCUGCCGUCCAGUUGGUACCCAAGCAUCACAAACCUCAAGCUGGAUUCGGUCACACCAUCUCUUGGCCCCGCUGGCCCCCUUUUCCUCCACCAAUCACUAUUCCCCCAUAUUCUGGGGCACCUCAGAUCAGAAGAACGCCAAUGGGAAUAGCCCUCUUUCUCUUGUGGAAUUCACCCGCCCAUCUGUCCGUCCGUCCAUCCAUCCAUCCAUCCAUCCACCCUUGCCCUCAGUUGUCCGCCUGGCACCACUAGCUGGCUGGGCCCCCCAACCACCAACCUGGUUAAUCUGUCAUGGCAGCAUGUGCCCUGCCUUGGCCCCACCAUACACACCCCUACAAAGGGGCCCAGGGUGUGAGGGGCUGUGCCAGCGGGGGCGGCAGGAGUCUCCUCCCGAACCGGGGUCCCCCCACGCAGUACUGUAUCCCCCGUCCCUCCCUCGAGCCACUGUACUUCACAGCAUCUCCCAUCCCCACCCCGCCCAUCUCUUUGUGUCUCGCUGUGAUAGAUCAAUAAAUAUUUUAUUUUUUGUCCUGGAUAUUUGGGGAUUAUUUUUGAUUGUUGAUGUUUUCUCUUGAUUUUAUUUUUGUGAUUAAUUGAAAACAAAUUUUUUUUCUCUCUCUCUGAUCUGGGGAGCUGUAUCCCCAGAAGAAAAUUCAUUUUAAUCACUUUGGUAUAACUCUGGAUGAAACACACGUUUUUUUAAAAUAAGAAAAGAGGAUUAACUGCUUCAAAAAAAAAAAAAGACUAAUAAAUAAAAAUAUUUUAAAGGAAA